CAAUAUGGCCGACGUGUUCCGUCACCACCGCUGAUGUCGCCAUCACUGAGCGACUCAAUGGCGGCGCACGUGCGGAGGAGUUUCUCCAGGUGAUGUUUCUGAAUGGGGGAUGAAGGGGAGCCUCGAGUCGCGCUCCGGGAGUAUGUCUACACCCAGGAGGAGGCCGACAGGGAGCUCCGGCUGACCAUCCCCGAGGUACUGGAUUCAGAAUAUGGAAUGUAUGUCUGGCCCUGUGCACUGGUCCUUGCACAGUAUAUAUGGUCCCACCGAUCUGUCAUAGCUGGCAAGAGAGUGUUAGAAGUUGGAGCAGGUGUGAGCCUCCCUGGAGUACUGGCUGCAAAGUGUGCUGCUAAUGUUAUAUUAUCAGAUUCAGCAGCUAUGCCACAGUGCUUACAGAAUUGUUCCAGGAGCUGCAGGCAGAAUGAUCUGUUGGGAAUACCGGUCCUGGGACUGACGUGGGGCGAGGUAUCGCCCGAUCUUCUGGAUCUUCCUCCUAUCGAUAUAGUGUUGGGAUCUGAUGUCUUCUAUGAACCAAAGGAUUUUGAAGACAUCUUGGUAACUGUUCGAUUCAUAAUGGAAAGAAAUUCCAAGGCUGAGUUCUGGACAACUUAUCAAGCCAGAAGUGAGGACUGGUCCAUGGAAGCUCUACUCCACAAAUGGGAUCUCAGAUGUACUAAUGUUCCUCUGAAGACAUUCGAUGCUGAUAAGGAAUGCUUGGCUGGAUCCAACCUUCCAGGGCGACAUAGUGUUCAGAUGAUGAUUGUCACAUUAGAUAUAGAUAAAUGAAAGUGAUCUGACUGU